UUACCACUUUAGUGAAGGAAAGAAAGAGGAGGAGGAAGAAACAUUUUUGUUUCUUCCCUGCCCCAAAGUGCUUUUUGAAAUGGUGAAUGAGGAGGAAUAUCUCCCAAACGGCAGCCCAGCAGUGCUCCAUCUCCUUCCUGGGAAGUAAUCAGUCCUCUGCCUCCUGCUUUCCACAGGUCUGGCCUUGGCGCUGGCGCCAUGAGCUGUUUCCGAAUCCGCCCGGCAGAGCCCCAGGACUGUCCUGAAAUCCUGCGCCUCAUCAAAGAACUAGCUGCAUAUGAAAAUAUGCCAAAUGCAGUAAAAUUAACAGAAAAAGACUUGCUUGAAGAUGGCUUUGGAGAACAUCCUUUCUACCACUGUCUAAUAGCAGAGGUGCCAAAGGAGGGACAAACAGGAAGUAGUUGCAUUGUAGGCUAUGCUAUGUAUUACUUUACAUAUGACCCUUGGAUUGGCAAGUUACUUUACCUGGAAGACUUCUAUGUCAUGGAACCAUAUAGAGGCUUGGGCAUUGGCUCGGAAAUCUUAAAGACAUUAAGCCAGAUAGCAAUCAAAACAAACUGUAGCUGCAUGCAUUUCCUUGUAGUCAUUUGGAACAAGCCAUCUAUAGAGUACUAUGUGAGACGUGGAGCUUUAGACCUUUCCACUGAAGAGGGCUGGCAUCUCUUCAGAUUUGACAAAGAGAAUCUUCUCAGAAUGGCAUCUGGAGAAUGAAGGAAGUUCCCAUUCACCAUUCCAAGAUUUGUGAGAGAUUAGAU